AUGGGUGUUCAUGGUGUUCUUCUCUGUGUUACUUCUCCAUUGUGUUGCCAUACUACUCUUCACCAGUGGUUUCCUCCUCACAAGAACAGAACUUCCACACUUCAGUCAUUGUUCACAGUUGAUCGCAUUGUUAUCAUCGUUCUUGAUGCUCUCAGGAUUGAUUUUGUUGCUCCAAGUACAUUCUUUGAAGAGAAGAAACCAUGGAUGGACAAACUGCAAGUGCUACACAAACUUGCAUCAGAUCCAGAAUCUGCUGCUAGGAUCUUCAAAGCUAUUGCAGAUCCACCUACAACAAGUUUGCAGCGUUUGAAGGGAUUGACAACAGGUGGACUUCCAACUUUUAUCGACAUAGGGAAUAGCUUUGGUGCCCCUGCAAUUGUUGAAGAUAAUCUUAUACAUCAGCUUGUUGCAAAUGGAAAACGAAUUGUAAUGAUGGGAGAUGAUACUUGGACACAGUUGUUUCCCAAUCACUUCAAUAAAUCAUAUCCCUACCCCUCUUUUAAUGUUAAAGAUCUGGAUACAGUGGAUAAUGGUUGUAUCAGUCACUUAGUUCCAACCCUGUAUGAUGAUGAUUGGGAUGUAGUUAUAGCACAUUUUCUUGGUGUGGAUCAUGCUGGACAUAUAUUUGGUGUUGAUUCAGCUCAAAUGAUUGAGAAACUGGAGCAGUAUAAUGAGCAAUUGGAGAAAGUUGUGGAAGUGCUUCAGAGCCAAUCUGCUAAAGGUGGCCUCCAUGAAAAUACUUUGCUUCUUGUUAUGGGUGAUCAUGGACAAACUAUAAAUGGUGAUCAUGGUGGUGGAACUCCUGAAGAGGUUGAAACAUCAAUUUUUGCAAUGAGUUUGAAAAAGCCUCCACUUCCUAUUCCAUCAGAGUUUGAUGCCUCAUCUUGUAAACUAGAUCUGCUUGGAAGGAAGGUUUGUGUUAGUUCUAUUCAACAGCUUGAUUUUGCUGCAACAGUGUCAGCUUUACUUGGGAUCCCCUUUCCUUAUGGAAGCAUUGGUGGUGUUAAUCCAAUGCUAUAUGGUUUAGUAGCUGGAACAUGGAAGAAUCUUGAAGAAGGCCUCAGUCAACAAAAAGUCAAAGAAUGGAUGCAAAAUUAUGCAAAAGUACUUUGUGUCAAUUCUUGGCAGGUGAAGAGAUACAUAGAUGUCUACACAGCUUCAUCAGUUAUAGGCUUCUCCAUUGAUGACUUGAAGCAUGUAGAGGAAAUGUAUGCUAAAGCAGUCAACACCUGUUUUUUAUCAAGUGUUGCUGAGCUGGCACGCACCAAGUUCACAGAAUUUAAUUUAAGGACGAUGGGCAUCGGUUUUGGGAUUUUAUUCAUGUCCAUAUUCGUCCAUUUACUUUUCAUCGUGAAGGUGGAUCGCGUACAUAAAGACGUAUUUGCCCCUAACGAAACUAGUCCUGUCUCCUUUGCGCUGAUCGUGAGCUGUGUUUUAGUGGCUGCACGUGCGUGUAGCUUCUUAUCAAAUAGUUACAUAUUGGAAGAAGGAAAAAUGACGAGUUUUCUUUUGGGGUCUCUUGGUGUUCUGAGCUUACGCCAUUCAAUCAUGAGAAAGAAGAUGAUAUUAGAAGCAACUACAUUUAUUCUAAUAAUCUCCAUCCUAAGAUUCACAAUAGAACUCAACUUAUCAAAGCAAGGUUCCAAUGAAGUACUGGACUCCAAGAUGUAUGUUGCUGACGUGGCGCCAUUGCUACCUUUGAUCAUAUUAGCCUACAUGCUUUACAAAAGCAUUGCUUCCUGUAAAUGGGUUUUGAAACUUGUUAUUACAGGAAGUAUAUUUAGUUACAUUCUAGUUGCAUUACAUUGGAUUUUAGAAAGUAACUUAUCAAAUAUGACACAUCCCAUAUUUGAUGUCAUAAAAGGCAAUGUCAUCCCUCGUGUAAUUUACAUUAUGGGUAUCGCACAGUUAUUGUCACUAGUAGUUUUUCGGUUUUUUGAGGAAGUUGAAAGGGCAAAAUGGGGAGAAACAACAAUGAUGAAAGGAGUUGCUAUGUUAUCCUCAUGGAGCUCUACUCUCAUGAUCUUGUCUGGGAGACAAGGUCCUUGGAUUGCUUUGGCUUUGGUUGUUGGAGGGUGGAUGAUAUCAAGGCUAAAAGGCCUAGAAGAGGAUCAAAAGAAUGCUAAAAUUGGUGUUUUAGCUUGCUAUUCUUCCUCUGUUACUCAAUGGAGCCUUUUUGGAUCAUGUUUAUUCUUUUGCACUGGUCAUUGGUGUGCUUUUGAUGGACUUCGGUAUGCUGCUGCAUUUGUUGGGUUUGAUGAAUUUACUAUUAUACCCCAAGCCAUCCUUCUAACAAUCGAAACAUAUGGCUUUUCUCAUAUUCUUCCAACUCUUGGACUUCCAUUUCUUGUUGCAUACAAUUAUAACUCAUCUAUCAAACCCAAACAAACACCACACUCCUUAAUCCAAUUAUUUCAGGUUUAUCUGAUAUAUGGGCUUAUUAUGGCUAUAACAACCACAUUCACUGUUCUAUGUGUCAUAAUCCAAAGACGACAUUUGAUGGUUUGGGGAUUAUUCGCUCCAAAAUUUGUUUUCGAUGUUGUGGGACUCAUUUUGACAGAUGUCUUGAUAUGUCUUUCAUCCCUCUUCUAUUUUGUUCAAACAUAGUUAACAAAACAGACUCUAUUGUGUUUGACAUGUAUUAAACCUACUCCCACUCUUUUAUGCAAAAGACGUAAAUAUCCCUGUGAUCUAUUUUCUUUUUGUUGAUUAAAGGGUGUUUUUUUUAUAUAUAUGUAUUUGUUGAAGCAUGUUAAUGAGUAAGAC